AUGGGAACAAUAAAUAAAAUUGCAGUAUUUUUCAAUACCCCUAAAAGGCUUAAUGUAUUUAAGUCGCAUAUUGACAAAGUGUCUACAGAAUCGAAAAAAGAAAAGUUGAAAAAGCUGUGUAGUACUAGAUGGGUUGAGAGACAUGAUGCCAUAUUGACUUUCCUGGAGUUGCAUGAAGUUACUAUCGCCGCUCUUUCCGAAAUUCAACUAUGGAGAGAUAAAGAUUCCUCCUCUGACGCAUUUUCCUUUCUAAAAUCCAUCCAAACCUUAGAAUUCCAAUUUUCGCUUAGAAUUAUUUCAAAAAUAUUUGCCAUUACCCUACCUCUCUCCAAACAACUGCAGACCACCAAUUUUGAUCUAGGGCAGGCCUUAGAUUUGGCUGAAAGUGUUCAAAACCGGCUUUUAUCUAUCAGGGAUAAUGCCGAAGGCGAGUUCAACCAAAUUUUUAAAGAUGUUAAAACCUCCUGUAAAGAAAUGGAUAUAGAGAUGGCUCUUCCUAGAACAAACUCUCGACAAACUCAAAGAAACAAUGUUCCAGCUGAGGUACCUGAAGAAUACUUUAGAAGAGCAUAUUUUAUACCGUUUGUCGAUUCUAGUAUUAGCCAUCUUAAAGAGAGGUUAUUAAAGCACAAAAACAUUGUACAAGGAUUUCAAGUACUUCUACCAAAUAAACAUUUUAAUGAAGAUGGCCUAGAGAAACUGUAUGAUUUUUAUGAACACUUCUUGGGAGCUUGCAGCUUUGAAACUGUACUCGGCGAGUAA